GUGUGUGUGUGUGUGUGUGUGUGUGUGUGUGUAUCCCUCAAUGACUGUCUGUUCUUCUGCUUACCGCUACAGUGUGGAACAUGGUGGAGAGUACACAAUGAAACCUGGACUUAGAAAAUAUGUCUGUGAUCUCACACUGGACCUAAACACAGUAAACAGACUCCUCUCUCUGUCUGAGGAGAACAGAAAGGUGACAUGUAGGACAGAGGAGCAGCUGUAUCCUGAUCACCCAGAGAGAUUUGAGGACUGUGGACAGGUGCUGUGUAGAGAGGGUCUGACUGGGCGCUGUUACUAUGAGGUAGAGUGUAGUGGGAGAAGGGCUGGUAUAGGAGUGACAUAUAAAGGAAUCAGCAGGAGAGGAGGGGUUAAUGAUUGUGGUCUUGGUUGGAAUGACAAGUCCUGGAGUCUGUUAUGCUAUGACAACAGUUACAUUGCCUGGCACAAUAAUAAUCCCACUACCAUAGACGUCCCCUCCUCCAGCUCCCACAGAUUAGGAGUGUAUCUGGACUGGCCAGCCGGCACUCUGUCCUUCUAUAGAGCCUCCUCUGACACACUGACCCACCUGUACACAUUCACCUCCACAUUCACUGAGCCCCUCUAUCCAGGGUUAAGGGUUUGGGGUGAUGACUCCUCAAUGUCCCUGUUAAAUAAUAACCUGUAAAUAAUUGCCAUGGUAACAGUGAUACAAACACACACACACACUGAACACACACACUGGACACACACGCACUGGACACAACAGUAUCUUGUUUUAUACUGUUUUAGAUGGAUCCUCUG